CCCCAAGCACCACCCCUCCCCCCAAACCAGCUAGGUACUAGGUAGUGUAGCAUGCAAUAGUUAACUGCCAGCCCAGCCAUGGAUAGAGUAGAUGUUAAUCUGCAAGACAUACUCAUUGCUCUGGGAGGGCCUCUGGAGGAGAGGGCACUCUGGGCCCUGCUCUACAAAGCAUGCUCACUCCUGGAGCAAGAACUGAAACAUCAUAAUGGCAAGAAUGUGAACCUGUUAGUGACUCUGGAGACAGUCACACUCCAUCAUGGUGGAGCCGUGAAGUUCCCUAGAGGUGUCAUAGACUCCAACUCUGAUUACCAAGCACCGGAGGUGAAACUACAACAGCUGCACACACUAACUCAAAAGCAACAGGAGAAGAGCUAUGUGUACUCGCUGGGAAUGACCCUCUUCACUGCAAUGCAGUACGGCCUGGACAGCAGUCAGAUACCUCAAGUGAGUGAGGGCAUGAACAGAGUGUUGGUUGGUAUGGUGGAGGAGGAUGAAGGAGAGAGGAUCUUGUUGGCAGACAUCUUGACUCUCUGUCGGGACUACACUGAUAAGGAUGAUGCUAGUAGAGAGGUUGAUCGUCUUGUCAGCUAUAUCAUGGGCCCAGAGGAAGACUUGGAGUUGUCAUUGUCUGAGCAAGGAGAUGUUGAAGAGUUAGCAGAUGAUGCCAACUUGGAAACUGAGAUCAAUGAGGUGAUGAACCUUCGUCCGACUGGCAGUGUAGAACAGCUGUACUCUCCAUCGUACGGCAAUCGAGGGAGCUCUCUAAGUAUAAACAGUGCUGCCGGUCGACUCAACUCCAGCUUCAAGAGCCACGACUCUGGCGGUGCAGACUUGCAACUACACUACUCCUCUAUGCCGAUGGUGUACUCCUCCUCGCAGGAUAGACUGAACAGGCAUCCUCGUCGUGGUUCAAGUUCCGACAAUGAUUCUUGGUCUUCGUUUGAUCGUUUGACUCCUCAUUUACAGCCCCACGAGAUUGAGAUAUUGGCAAGCAAGGCACAAGAGUCCCGCCCACCACACUCACACACACGGUACAUACCACACUUCUAUACACCGACGAGAGUAAGAAAAGGUGGCUACAAGGACGUCAAUCGAUCAGCAUCAUUCGAGCAUGGAUCGUUGGGAAUGUAUCGAACUUCUUCUGAUGGUACAAGACGACGUCGCAACAAGACAAUCGUAAAUGAAACUCUAGAAAUGAAAGGGAGGCAAGAAAGAAAGAGAGAAGUACCAAUGUAUUCGACGCCAGAGAAGAAGUCACGUGAUCAGCCUGGCAUAAAUUCGUUCCCUAUAGAUGAUAUGCCUCCAUUGCCACCUACUACAGUGAUUGCUGACAUCAGCAUGGACUCCCCCAUGAAGAAAGAAGCUGGAGCUAACACAUCCCCUGAAGUGCAGUCCACAGUAGACACAAUUGACUCUAUCCUUCAAUCUAUUGAGAGAGGCAAGACGGACGACGGUACAAAUGGCCUACCCCCUCCUCCCAUACCCCCCAGCGAGCCUCCAAUGUUCACACCAGUUAAGCAGGGAGUACAACCACGAUCCUUCUCCCCCAAUUCAUCACUGACGAAUACUUCCUUCAACUAUAGUGACCUAGACUCCCCUCUACACACUCCACACUCUAUGACCAACGGAGAUGAUUUCAAUUUUUCCUCACCCCCUCCCAUUCCCGGCUCUAGCCUCCCACCGGAGGACCUGGAUAAUGAUACAGAGAUGCCUGCCAUGAUACAGCCAUUACUGACCACUGGCCCAGUAGAGCAGGGCUGGAAGGAUAAAGACGAGACUAGCAUUGAUCGCACUAUUACACCUCGGCGUGCCUUGGACGAAGCUUUCAAACAGCUGGACAAGAUCGGGGAAUCUCAAUUGGACGAUUCGCGAUCGGAAGACGCCCCUCCUUCAAAUACUGAAAAAGUCACAGAUGAGGGUACGAUCAUACAAGUUGCUGAUCAUAUGUAUGCUAAAGUGGAUAUGAACAAAAAAAGGCGUAACGAUAUGGAGGACGCAAAGGAAGAAUCAGAUGAUGACGAAGGACCACCUAUUACUCCCUACAGAGAACCACCAGAGCGUAAAGAGGACAGGCCACACGAGAGUAGCAUUCAACAGAGUAAUCCAGACCCAGCCUAUGAAGACAUCGAAUUUGGGGACACAGAUGUUCCGACAAAACUACCCAUUAUUAUUAAAGACCCCGGUUACGAAGAGGUGGAGUUUAGAAACAGUAACGAUGCAAAACCCAAACAAAAUCUGCUCAUUUAUGAAGAGCCUGGAUAUGCUCGCAUUGGUGAUGUUCUAAAGCGUCCAAUCAGUGAAGACUUCUCAAAGACACAUGGAGAGAAUGUGCACAAGGCGUCGUCUGAAGCUAACGUGAGGGAUAUCGAUACUGCAAAGGUGUAUCCCCCCCAGCGAGCCAGCAUGCCCCCCACAGUGCUACUGGAGAGCAACUCACCACCCCCCAGGGAGGUGGAGAAAUCAUCACAUGAUAAUGAACUCAUAAAUAUAACCGCUGACGAUGCUACAAGGAAGAAAGCAUCACUACAAAAACUACAGACAGUGUUUGGACCAGAGUUCACUAAACUAAGUGGAGGAGCAAAGCUCAACCGUGCUCAAUCCCUGAUCCAAGUAGCUGAGGGUCGAAGGCUUGUGAAGGUCACUCUACUUACUGGGAAGUCGGUGCACUUUGUUGUCGAUAAAGACUCCAAGUGCCAGGAACUGUUUCAACAAGUGGUCGCCCAUCAGAGCUUGCAGGAGAAGAGGAUAUUUGGACUAGCCGUCCUCAGAGAUGGUGAUGAGCUCUUCUUGGAUUUGGAUCGUAAGCUGCUGAAGUAUGCACCUGAUGGAUGGCAUAGCACUCCUGUCCCCUCCCCUGGCUCCACCUCCACUAAACCACCAGUGUUCAGUGUCUUCUUCAGAGUGCAGUACUACGUUGAGAAUGCACUCACCGAUCUCAAACUGAAGGAGACACGACACCAACUUUAUCUACAACUGCGCAAGGACACUGUUGAGGGUAAGAUGUACUGCCACGAAGAAUCUGCUCUGAAACUGGCAGCCUACGCAUUGCAAGCCGAGAAAGGAGACUAUCAGCCAACUUACAAGAACCAGUCUUACUUUAGACAGGAGGACUAUGUCCCUGAAAAGACGUCCUUUAAACUGGGAGCGGCUCAGACCAAGAGGGCCCUACAGGCAAUUCACGCUGAGCAGAGGGGCAAAAGUCGUGAGGAGGCGGAGCUUUCAUUCCUGCGAGAGGCACAGACAUUGCCAGAGUAUGGGAUGGUGUUCUAUCAGGUGUCUCGGAGCAAGCGCGGACCUCAUGGGGAGGUGUGGCUUGGGUUCAGUAUCCGUGGCAUUGUGGUGUUCAAUGUGCAUAAGGACGUGAGGACACCUGUCCUGCGUUCUUCCUGGAGCACUACAGAGAACAUCUCUUUUGCUAACCGCAAGUUCAGUAUAGAGUCCAAAGGCUCUCAGCCACAGAGCUUCUACACCUUGUCAUACAAGCGGGCACGCUACUUGCUGCAUUUGAGCAUCAGCUACCAUCGGUUCCAAUUCGUGUCCCGACCUCCUCUUGAGCCAGAUCCCAUUCCACAAUCACACAAUCACAUAAUACCUAAUCUGCUGAAGCCUCCGAAUCCUGGCUACGAUACACUAGUGAAGUGCUCGGCACAAAUCAUCGACGCUCUCAGCCAACAGCCCAAGGCCAUUGCCACCUCCCUCUCCAACGCCCACCUCAUCUCCCGCGACCUGUUGUCGAGGGUUGCCUCAGGCAAAGCGGCUGCAAGGGACAGGGAAUCUGCUGAGAAACUACAGCUGGCUGUUUCUCAGACUGUUGAAAGCAAUCCCGACAAAUUCACAAACUUUGUGUCUGUAUUGAGGGAUGACUUGACACUAUAUGGAGAACUACUGACCGUCCUAAAUGAGGAUUACAAAGCUGCUAACGAAGGAGAGGGGUUACCAGGUUACAAUGACGAGGUCUACGACGUCAAGAUUUUGAAAGAGAAGGGCAAGGGGUUGGGUAUACGCAUCACUAGUCAGCCGAUACUGGAUGGACAGAGGAGCAGUGUGGUCAUUGAGAGUGUAGAUAGAGAUGGACCUGCCUACAUGGACGGGAGGCUCAAGAAAGGUGAUGUCCUUGUGUCUGCCGAGGGUCAGUCGCUGGAGGGGCUGGACCACAAGGAGGUGGGAGAGAUACUCAAGAGACCCAACAAUCUUGUCAGGCUCUCCGUGAAGCGUUCACAGUCAGAGGUGUCUCCACCUCUCUCCACUUCCGUCGCUACCACCGAGAGCGUUGUCGUGGAAAUAGAGGAGGCUCCACCCCCCAUAGAAUCACACAGGGGGCUCAAGAGAGCUACCACUCUAGAGAUAUUCUCAACAGAUGCUGCCCCCCCAGCUGCUGAUACCAGUGUGACCACACCCCCAGAUGCCCCCGCUUCUAAGGAGCUCAUGAACAUCACUGUGGAUCGUGGAGACAAUAAGAGCUUUGGAUUUGCAAUUGCCUCUGGAGACUUUGAGGGCAUCAUUGUCUACAAGGUGACUGCUGAUGGCCCAGCGGACAGGGCUGGUCUAAAGCAAGGGGACACUCUGCUCACGGUCAACGACUCCAGUACAGAGACACAGACCUACAAUCAGGUGCUGAGUGGCAUACAGCAAUCUGGUGAGACCCUGAGCCUGAGUAUCUCCCGUCCGACCAUCGCCUGGUCACAUGACAACUUGCCCCCACCAGGCGUCAGCUUCAAAGUGGAGCUCAAGAAACAGAGAGGCUCUCUCGGACUGAGACUGGCUGGAGGGAAGGACAAGCAGAAUGGACUGGGCUUCAUCUAUGUCAGGUUUGUGGUGGAAGGAUCUGCAGCUGACAAUGAGAAGAUAGAAGUCAAUGAUAUCCUUAUGACAGUGAAUGAUGAACAGAUGGUUGGCAGCACGCACAGAGACGCGGCUACAGCUAUUGCACACUCUGGAAUGAAGGUCGUCCUACGUCUGCACCGGCCGUACGAUAGCUCGUGGGUGGAGCCUUCUCGUGAAGCAUACCUCAAAACAAAUCGCCAGGGCAUCGUUCGUGAGGAAUCCUCGACUGCCAUUUUCCUGGACAACAGACCCUUGUCUCAAGUUGGAGCUCCUGUAGAUCUCUCGUCCAUUCAAGAAGACGGAGAGUCACUAUCACUGCUUAGUUCAGUACAGACAGAUCCUCAACGUACAGACAUACCACCUGUCGAAGAAUCACUCAUCAGUUUAGACCUAAUGGAGCCAGCAGUUGAAGCUACCCCUCCAGACUUGCCCGAGGAAGGGCCACCAUUGGACGAUAGUUUUGAUUUCCCCUCUCAGAGAGGCUCGCUACUACUGAGCACUCCACCUCAAGAUGAACUGUUGACCUCCAUCUCAGAGCUACAUCACUCCCCUGGUACCCAGGAGGGGGGUGGUCUCACGGAAGAUACGUCUGAGCUGCUCCUGACGAGGGAACGGGAGAAGAGGCUAGUAGUUGCAUUGAUGAAAGGAUUCAAGGGUCUCGGCUUUGGAUUGAGCAAAGAGUUGUCUGGGCAACAAGGACGCGGAGUAUUUGUGAGAGCAGUAGUCGGCAACCCAGCCAAAAGUGAUGGAAGAAUUCAACCAGGAGAUGAAAUUAUUCAAGUUAAUGAUGAGAGUCUGAUAGACCUCCCUCAUAAUGAAGUGUUGAGCAUCCUUCGAUCAGCACAAGGUACAGUCACACUGGUGAUACGAAGAGACUUGGUCAAAGAAGACGAACCACCAUUACCUCCCGAGAGUCCUCUACCCCUCGAGUACUCUGCACGACUGGAGCAAACUCGCACUGAGCGUCAUAGCCCACCUCUUGAGAGAUCACAUGAGACAAGCCAAGAAACAACAGUACCCUCAUCUACCCUUCCUCCUCAAGAAAGCACAACGUCUUUAGGGACUGAUAUUCCGCCACCUGUACCGUCAGCAAGUCUACUGCCUCAGGAGAGUUCCACCUCUCUGGAAUUCGUGCCUCCAAUACCUCCUCUUAGUCCCCUACCCAUAGACAACACUAGAUCUGUUGAACCUCCGGCUAUGCCAUUGUUGAUGUUUCAAGAAAGCGUCACAUCUCUGGAAACUGAACUACCACCACCACCGCCUCCGUCAACAAGUCUACUGCCUCAGGAAAGUUCGACCUCUCUUAAAAUUGAACCACCACUCAGCCCUUCAUCUGUUGAACCUACAAAUAAUAUACACCCACAAGAAAAUACAUCGUCUUUAGAAACUGAACUACCACCAGCAGUUCCAUCAUCAAGGCUAUUACAGCAAGAAAGCUCCACUUCUCUGGAGAUGGGGCCACCAGUUCCCCCUCUUAGUCUGUUACCAUCAGAGAGCAUGACAUCACUGGACCGCCUCGAACAAGAGGACACGAGCGAACCCAUCCCUGACUCUUCGGAUGAUGGAGAGUCGGAUUUGGACGACCUCUCUAUGCCGCCCCUCCCCCCCUCUGAUGAUGAGGCCCCACCCCCUGGACCAUACUCGCCACUCCCACAGGACAAUGACUAGAGCAAUACUACAUACUCUUUUAUCCACCGUAAUUGCAUGCUUUAUGUUCAUUCCAUAAUAUAAUUA